AUGGCAAAGUUGUUGAAUCCAGCAAGAACCGCUUUCGGUGGCGAUGAAGGGGGUACGGAAGCAAAGGGGGCAAUGGUGACACAACCUACGGAGUAA